CUAGUUUCACACUUACAAGCAAAACCAUCGGUUUUUUUAUUUGCGGCGUGCGGCGGAAAAGAGAAACCGAAAAGCAGCCAAUUUAUUGUUGUGAUCCGAUCCUGUUCCUGCAGGCUCCACUUAUCUUUAUCGCGUCCCCAACUUUUUUGUUCAGUGCAUCAAGUGCAACAAAAAAACGGAGCGGCAGACCAAAGCGGACACGCAAAACACAAAAAAAAAAAGGAAAACGAACCAGAGAGUGUGCGAGCAAGUGAGAGAGCAGAUCCCGCCAUCAUGAGCAAGAAGCCGACAGCCGGACCGGCGCUCCACAAGGUCAUCAUGGUGGGCAGUGGCGGCGUUGGAAAGUCCGCCCUCACACUGCAGUUCAUGUACGACGAGUUCGUCGAGGACUACGAGCCCACCAAGGCCGAUAGCUAUAGGAAAAAGGUUGUGCUGGACGGCGAGGAAGUACAAAUAGAUAUAUUGGAUACGGCUGGCCAGGAGGAUUACGCCGCCAUCAGAGACAAUUACUUUCGCAGCGGCGAGGGUUUCCUCUGUGUCUUCUCCAUCACAGACGACGAAAGCUUCCAGGCCACCCAGGAAUUCAGGGAGCAGAUAUUGCGGGUCAAGAAUGACGAGAGCAUACCGUUCCUGCUGGUGGGCAACAAGUGCGAUCUGAAUGACAAGCGCAAGGUGCCUUUGAGCGAGUGCCAAUUGAGGGCGCAGCAAUGGGCGGUGCCCUAUGUGGAGACCUCGGCUAAAACCCGCGAAAAUGUGGACAAGGUAUUUUUUGAUUUGAUGCGCGAAAUAAGAUCACGAAAAACCGAAGAUUCGAAAGCCACGAGCGGGCGUGCUAAAGAUAGAUGCAAGAAGCGGAGACUUAAGUGUACCCUACUUUAGGCAUUAGGUAUUUUAUGAUCUAAUCAGGGAUAUUUCAUCGCGUAAAAAACAACGUCAGACGGACGUGAAACAGCCGCCGAAGCCCAAUUCUCAUUGCUGCCAACUGCUGUAGGAUGAACAACAACAACAACAACAACAACAACAACCGACAACCAUACGAUGAACAACAAACAACUGCAGCAGCAACAACUUGGAAAACAACAACGGCCACACGGAUAACACCAACCACAGAAUAAAAGAUGAAGAGCAGACCGAUAUGUUAAUAAAUAAUUAACUUAGAGAACACCAGAACACACGCGAACAGCAGAAAAUAUCAAAAUUAUUUGCCACACUCAAAACUCAAACACGUAAUCCAAGUUAACUUGCAUUGUAAUAUACAUAAAUAUAUUAUUUAGGCAAUCAAUUUCCCCGAAAAAAUGAAAAGCAGCACAGCAGCUUACAAAUUCUGUCGUUUAGUUUUUGUUCUUUCUUUCAAUUUAUCGAUUUUUGUGUUGCCCCGUACAAUAAAAUGUUACAACUAAAACAAACACUAAAGCUUAAACGUAUUAAAUAUAAUCAAUCUUAGACACCUAAAGAAAACUCGUAAUAAUUAUGCAAUUUAAUAAAUGAUAUAGAUAUUUCUCUUGUUUAAUUAUACAUAUGCAUACAUUUUUUGUAAUAUUUUAAAGUUUAAUAGCGAAAUGCAAACAACACAAACCAACAAGAAACCACACAGAAAAGCUUUUUAUAAAUACAUCUAAAUAUAUAUUUAAAUAUAUACGAAAUAGUUUAAAGUAUGAAACACUUCAAAUGCUAGAGAGAAGAAGUAAAAAGAAAGGAAAAUGGAAAGAAAAGAUAUCUCCAAUUAUUAAUUGUAAACGAAGUGAAUCGAAACAAAUUUUUAAUGCAAUUUUUGUAAUUUUCUAAACCGAAAGCAAAUGAGUAGGGACAAAUAAACAAAAAUACAAAAGAACAAUGAUGAACUAAUGUUUGUAGCAAGCAUUGGAGAUUUUCCUUUACCUGCAGUUACUUUUUUUCCACGCUAAAACACAUCCAAUAAAUAUUUAGCAAUUA